UAGACCUGGUGACACAGUAGCCUUUAGGCAGAGCUCCUCCGGAUAUGUAGGAAGUGCUGUUACAGGUUUUGUUGGGGGGAAAUCUGAGCCAUUUCUCUGUGGACAGCUGUGUUUCAAAGUCUAGACAAGUUGCCGUUGAAGUUUGCACAAGCUGCCAGGAUUUUGUGGAAGUAUAGUACUUUGUCAUUAUGAGAUGUCGUCUCUCGGUGCCUCCUUUGUGCAAAUUAAAUUUGAUGACUUGCAAUUUUUUGAAAACUGCGGUGGAGGAAGUUUUGGGAGUGUUUAUCGAGCCAAAUGGAUAUCACAGGACAAGGAGGUGGCUGUAAAGAAGCUACUCAAAAUAGAGAAAGAGGCAGAAAUACUCAGUGUCCUCAGUCACAGAAACAUCAUCCAGUUUUAUGGAGUAAUUCUUGAACCUCCCAACUAUGGUAUCGUCACAGAAUAUGCUUCUCUGGGAUCACUCUAUGAUUACAUUAACAGUAAUAGAAGUGAAGAGAUGGAUAUGGAUCACAUCAUGACCUGGGCCACAGAUGUAGCCAAAGGAAUGCACUAUUUACACAUGGAGGCUCCUGUUAAGGUCAUUCAUAGAGAUCUCAAGUCAAGAAAUGUUGUUAUAGCUGCUGAUGGAGUUUUGAAGAUCUGUGAUUUUGGUGCUUCUCGGUUCCAUAACCAUACAACACACAUGUCCUUGGUUGGAACUUUCCCAUGGAUGGCUCCAGAAGUUAUCCAAAGUCUCCCCGUCUCUGAAACUUGUGACACAUAUUCCUAUGGUGUGGUUCUCUGGGAGAUGCUGACAAGGGAGGUCCCCUUUAAAGGUUUGGAAGGAUUACAAGUAGCUUGGCUUGUAGUGGAAAAAAACGAGAGAUUAACCAUUCCAAGCAGUUGCCCCAGAAGUUUUGCUGAACUGUUACAUCAGUGUUGGGAAGCUGAUGCCAAGAAACGGCCAUCGUUCAAGCAGAUCAUUUCAAUUCUGGAAUCCAUGUCAAAUGACACGAACCUUCCUGACCAGUGUAACUCAUUCCUGCACAACAAGGCAGAGUGGAGGUGCGAAAUCGAGGCAACUCUUGAGAGGCUAAAGAAACUAGAGCGUGAUCUCAGUUUCAAAGAACAGGAGCUUAAAGAACGAGAAAGACGUUUAAAGAUGUGGGAGCAAAAGCUGACGGAGCAGUCCAACACCCCGCUUCUCUUGCCUCUUGCUGCAAGAAUGUCUGAGGAGUCUUACUUUGAAUCUAAAACAGAGGAGUCAAACAGUGCAGAGAUGUCAUGUCAGAUCACAGCAACCAGUAACGGGGAGGGCCAUGGCAUGAACACAGGCCUGCAGGCCAUGAUGCUGAUGGGCUUUGGGGAUAUCUUCUCAAUGAACAAAGCAGGAGCUGUGCUGCAUUCUGGGAUGCAGAUAAACAUGCAAGCCAAGCAGAAUUCUUCCAAAACCACAUCUAAGAGAAGGGGAAAGAAAGUCAACAUGGCCCUGGGGUUCAUUGAUUUUGACUUGUCAGAAGGUGACGAUGAUGACGAUGAUGGUGAGGACGAGGAUAAUGACAUGGAUAAUAAUAGUGAAUGAAAGCAGAAAGCAAAGUAAUAAAAUUGAAAAUGUUCCAAAAAAAAAAACAAAAAAACAAAAGAAACUUACUGUCAGUCUAUACAAAAUCAGUAAGGAGGCAGAAAACCAAGCACUACAUUUUUAGGCCAAUCACAUUUAUAUGACAGUGAUUUCUUUAUCAGUUUUACUUUUGAUUUAUUUUUGCUUACAGAAAAAUGGGAAAUUUAAGCAAAAAAGGUAUAUUUAUGAAUCAGCAAAUGUGGUGCCUGUUUAUAGAAAUUUGUGAUUCUAUAUACAAUAUAGCAUUUUUUAACUGAGAAGACUUUUUUUAAUGAAUAUAUUUGACUUUAUUUCCUUUAUUAAAUUGGUCAAGAAAACUUACAUUUUGAACAAGCACUGUUAACUCCUAAUUCUUCUUUGACACGAUUCUUUUGUAACAUACUACUUUUUUGUUGUUGUUAUGGCAAUACACUGUAAUGUCAGAAAUGAUUGAAAGGGGCUACAAAAUCCAACAACAAAAAAAUUGAGAUGAAAGAAGGUUAUAACAAAAUGUUCUUCAGAAAUACCUAAAAGCUGAGAAUUUUCAAUUCUAAAUAGCACAGCUACUCAAAGUAAAACCCGAGAAGUGUUCUCAGUAGUACAUUUGAAGACGAAAUACUCUAAUUUGAAACCAGUAGCACAUGUUGCAGGCUUUCAUACCAGCGCUAGCCCUGGAAACUUCUUAACAACAACACACUGUCAUCCAAGGCUUAGAUUGUACUUUAUACAAAGACAAAUAUAUGGUCUUAAAGGGAUGCUUCCAGGCAUGCGAGUGCUGGGUACAUGCCUGCUCUGCACUUCCAGUAAGGGGGUUAUGUGUGGUUAUUUGUUUCCCAGAGAAGCAUAAUGACCCUGGAUUCUAAAUAUACAGAGAAAUAUUUUAAAGAGAAAAUUAAAUAUUAUAAAAGGAAUAGUAAAGAUAAGUUAUCUCUAUUUAGACAAAAACUCAGGCUGAAGGGUCCUUUCUGUAUCAAAUCCAGCCUUCCAAAGUUAUCUUUUUUGGGGCUGGCUGGUUAACCCGGUUGGUUAGAGUGCAACCUUAUAACCCCAAGGUCAUGAGUUUGGAUCCCCAUACUGGGCAGCUGCCAAAAAACAAAAACCCUCUAAAGUUGUCUAUUUUUUUUUUUUUUUUUUAACUCUUCUCAGUGUUGCUGGUGUUUUACAGAAGUAGAUAUAGAUGCUACUCUGAAAACCUGGCUAACCAGAGGUAUUUUCAAAGUAUUAUCACAUAUUUGUCGAAGCUUGUUUAAACUAUAAAACACUGUUUUAAAAAAUUACAAAACAUUUGCAAUUAUAUAAAUAAAGGCAAAAGAGCAAAGUCUUUUUUCAGUCUAAAUUAGCAAGCAAUCUCAUUUGACUAUUAAACUGAAAUACUUUUGAUGGUUCUUUUUAUGACUUCCUUUAAGAAAGGAUAUCAUAGAUAUUAUCUAAUACCAUUUCAAACUGUAUUCAAUCAUAGAAAGCCUCUUGGAAUUUGAAGCAUUAUAUGAGCUGCCCCAUUAAGAGCUGAAAAGUAUGAUGAAAUGAUCAAUAUGCUGUGCCAGCUUUUAUUUGGAGAGAAAUAACUAAUAUGUCCUGGGUAUGAGAUGGAAAACAGUGUCUAUAGCGUAGUCAUAAAGAGAGGGAUCUGGAGUCUGAUCAUGAUUCAGAAUCCUGGGCCUACUUGCUGUACAAUCUUGGGCAAAUUAUUUAAUCUCUGUGUGUCUGUUUGCUCAUCUUUAACAUGGAAAUAAUAAUAGUACCUGCUUCAAAGGAUUAUUGUGAGGAUUAAAAUAAAUAAUAUAUGUAAAGCACUUAAUACAGUACCAGGCCCAUGGUAAGUGGCCAGUUAAUAUUAGCUACUAUUAAUUGUGCCAAUGAAAAGACACUGAAAAAUAAGUGAUUUCAGUAACCUUGAAAACUAAACUAUCAAUUUCAAGUGAUGUUUGCUUAGUAGUAUGAGAUGAAAUCGAAAGUAGAUAGCUUUCAGGAAAGAUAAAGACAACAUUCUUAGAAUGUAAGCUAUACAAACAGAUUUAUUGUGUUGCUCUUUGAAAACUAUGAGCCCUGGCCAGGUUUACCUGGUCUGAGGUGUUUGCAGGCAGUGCCACCACCCACAGACAAGUAAACACAGAGAGAGCAGGUAAACCUUUCCCCUAGAAGGUGGGUUCCCCACAUACCCAUUCUGCUACAGUUUCUUUGUCUGUACAUGCUUAGAUCCAGAUAACAUGCACACAUAAGUUCUCAGACACAGGGAGGGACGUACCCCCUGACUCAAAUCAGGCCACUCAAGCAGAAAAUCUUGGGGUGGAACAGAAGGGACAGCUUGCCACUCUUGCCUUCCCAACAUGCCCUGGGACUGUGGUCAGCAGUCUGAAGGGAAGAGCCAAAGACUUGGGGUUUAAAAGUUCCUGCUCAUCUCCCCAGGCAAAGAUAAAGUCAUCCAUUUAACAAAUAUUCGUUGAGCCCCUCCUCUGUGCCAGGUGCUCUUCUAAAGAACAGCUAGACGAAAAUCUUUACACUUACGGAGCUUACAUGCUAGUAAGCAGGGAUGGACAAUCCAACAAUACAAAUGCACUAUAUAAUAUGUUAACAUUUGAUAAGUACAUGGUGAAAAAUGAAGCAGGGAAGGAGGAUUAAUACCAUGGAGGAGUGUUGAGGUUUUUAAAGUGUGGUCAGAAAAGGCCUCCCUGAUAAGGUAGUAUUUGAGCAAAGCUGAAGAAGGCAGAGGGAUUUCUGUGGAUAAUUUCAGGAUUUGUGUACUUUAUGCAAGAAUGCAAACCUUGCUUCUCAUUUAAGAAUAAUUAGCAAUAAAUUUAGAACAUAUUAACUGAAUGAAACUGACUUUCUUUUUUUUUUGGAAUUUAUAUGUGAGUCCAUGUGAUUAUACAUAAAGUUUUGGUACAUUAAUAAAAGUAUCCAAAUAGGGCCAAAAAGAAAAGUAGUAGGACUCUAUACCCUGAACUAGGUUUAUUAUUAAUUAAUAUUUCCCUCAUCUCUUAACUGCUGCUGUCUUUCUCACCAAUAUUCCAGAGAUGAUCAUAGCUUAAUAUUCUACCAUAAAGCAGGUGCAAGAGUUUAGAAUAUAGCAGAAUUGGCCUAGCAUUGGACUAGAUUCAUUCAACAUUAUAGUACUGGCUAUUUUACUUUCUGUUCCAAAUCAGUGUCCUUCUAGUGGUUUGAAAAUAUUAAAACAUCCCUGAAUUCUGAAUCAUAGAAACAGAAUUUUAUAGUGUUCUCACUCAUUUAGACUCUAUUGAUUUUAAAAGGAAAUGUUUAACCAUAUGCAGAAUUUCUAAUGAUGAUAUUAGUUGUGCAGCUUCUAAUUCACUUUUCAGAUCAAUUUUUGAAGUGGCAAAUUAUCAGUGUUGGAUUUAAUUACAGUUACUAGACUUACAAAAAUGUACAUUUAGAAAGAGGAGAAUUAAAGAAAAACUGAAAAAUUUAAGGUUUCAAAGUAAGAAUUGAAACUCUAAAUUGUGGUAAUAAUUGUCAGUCAUACAACUGAAAAUGUAUCACCUUUCUUUUUUUUUUUUUACUCAUAAAAUUGAUCCUGUAGAAUUUGAUAACACCCUACUAGUAGUUCUCAACUGGUAUAGUGCUGUAACCUGAUGGGGUUUGGGCAUGCGGGGCCGUAUUUUUGGUUGUCACGGUGACUGGUGCCUAGUGCCAGGAAUGGUAACAUCCCGCUUGCUAGAGACAGUCCCACUCAGUAAAAAGUUCCAUCCAAAAUAUCACUAGCAGUGGCCCUUCCCCAUUGAGAAACUUGUUAAACCUGGAAGUUUGAGUUCUUUGUCUAAUUUUCCCCCCUAAACAAAAUACCCAAGUAAAAAAAAAAAAAAAGCGCAUUUUCAGAAUUACAACUACACAAUCUGAGUUUUGUAAGUUUGUGGCUUUAUCUUAAAUCUCUAUUUGUGGAAAUGGUUUCUUUCCCCUUAAGAAUGCUGGUAGAAACUUUACAAAACAGCUAAAUUCUCCCUGGGGGGGAGGGGGGUGUCACUUUCUUAUACAUUGAUUCCACAAUAAAUAAAAAAAGAAAAACCUCAUUGAGGUAGCUAUAAUUCUGCAAAGUAGCCACGUUAAUAAUUUAAAAGACCCCCUUUCCUCACAGAAAAAAAAAAUUCUGUAUUUUUUAAAAGCAGAAUUACAUUUUAUAUUUUAUAGAAUCAGUAGGAAGAGGCUGAAGGCACAUAGCACACUGUUUUUGAUGCUCUGGAAAUGUCAAAGCAUGGUUUUUAGCCAGUGAUUUUUAAUAUGCAGUGGAUUUGUUAGACUUAACACCAGCUGAGGUAUUCAAACUUGAUCCCCAUUUAAAAAAACAAGAAACUAGGUGUGGAGGAAGGAUUUAGGAGAAAUCCAGAAUCACUUCUCAAUAGCAUUACUAUGUAUAUAGCUUUAUUUUUCAGAGUUUUCAUUAGAGUGGUAAGAGUUUUAAAACUUAUUCUGAGUUAAAUGUUGAUUCUUUUUUUUGCUUUUUGUUACACUGGAUUUGUUGUACCCUUUUGAAACUAGCAGAGUCUCACCACAUAUGUAAUAGAGCAUAAUUUUUCUAUAAUCGGGCACCUUUUGCUGCUAUUGAGUAAGACUGUUUUCUUGUUUAGAUUUCAAGCAUUGCCAGAGAAGAAUCUGUUCUAUUCUUUUGAUUGUAGCAUAGCCUGAUAGCUAUAGAUGCAGCAUUUCUAUGAUGAAAAAUGUGUGUCUAUCAGGAAAUCUAGAGGACUCGCCACAAGUUUCAAGCACCUACAUAAAUUAUAUCGUGUGCAGAACAGUAUACCUUUUAAUGUCAGAUACCAUACACUGCACAUAUUGCUUUUGCACUCUCUUAAAAAUUUUGUACUAAAUAAUAGAAAAUAUUUAUAUUCUUUGAGUGUGAGCUUUGAAUAGAUGGCAUUAUCACUUUGUUGGGUUUUUUUUAAAAAACAAGAUCUUUUUCUCAUUUAUUCUAUUGCAAUGUUAUUCUGAGCAAGUCCUAUGCCAAAUAUCUUGUAUAAUGUUUGUAUGGAAGAUUAAAUUUUACUUUUGUGUGGUUAGACUAUUCAGUUACUGACUUUAUAGUUGGAAUUUGAUAUUUCAGCACAAAGUCCACAAUGUAUUCAGAAAUCCAAGUUGGUGUCAUACAUUUCAUUUUGAUGUGAACUUUGCUUUCCUUUGUUCUAAGACUCCAUUUUGCAAUAAACGUUUUGACAGUA